UUGCUAGUUACUGGCAGAGAGUACAAGUUGAUAUUUGUUUAAACAAUGGAACAUGUGUACAUAAUGGCACAAGUGCAAAUGACACAUACUGCUGCUGUGCCCAAGGCUUUGAGGGAGAUAGAUGCCAGAUUGAGAAGGAUGAGUGUGCAUUUGAUCCCUGUCAGAACAAUGGAACAUGUAUUGAUACAGCAGAUUCUUACACUUGCAACUGCACACUAGGAUAUAGUGGAACAAAUUGUGAAGAUAUCAUUGACAUGUGUAAUCCAAAUCCAUGCCAAAACAAUGCUCAAUGUUUCACUGAGGGUAACACCUUCAAUUGUAAUUGUACGGAUAACUUUUUUAAUAAAACAUGUGGCACAUAUUGUGAACCAAGAGAUGAUUGUGGUGGCCACUACACUUGUGAUGAAACUGAUGGCAGUUUUGAUUGCUUAAGUGGAUGGACAGGUGAUGCGUGUAACAUUCAAUCUGAAGAGCCAUUGUGUACUGUUGAAGAAAUUAUACCAAAGUCUAUUACAUCAAAUGUAGAUAUAGAAGAGUGUUUGAUAGUCACAAACUGGCGUUUCCGUGGCGAAUCACGAUCUACCUUCAUCCAUAAAUUUGAAGGAUGUACCGGUACAACCCAGACAUUAUGUGAAGUACCGAAGGAGGGAUCAGAAUGCCCAAGUGGUUUCACUAUUACAGUUGGGCAGAGUUGCUACUUCAUGAAUUUGGAUUGGCAAACCUCACAUGCAAAUGCCAAUGCGACAUGUGCCUCUUUCAAUGCAUCUUUCGCACACAUUGAAACACCAUUUGAGAUGGAACAACUGGGACUUGAACUGGCAAAAUUUAAUGACACAGUCAGGGACUUUAAGGAGUUUCCUAUUGCUAGUUACUGGCAGAGAGUAAAUGUUGAUGCUUGCUUGAACAAUGCAACAUGUGUAAGGAAUGGAUCUGAGUCGGAUGACUUUUACUGCUGCUGUGCAGAUGGUUUUGAAGGAAAAGCAUGCAAUGAAACCAACAUUAAUAUGUGUGAUCCAAAUCCAU